CUAUUUUUCGACGCGGACAACUAGUUUUUUUUUUUUUCAUUUAUUGAAUAUAAAUUUCCACUUGAUUAUUUUUAUUUAUUUUUAAACGGAUUUCAAUUAAAAUUUUUAAAAAAAAGUUAAGAAAAAUAUAAGUUUUUUAUUUAAAAAAAAAAAAAAAAAAAAAAACAAUGACACGCGAUUAAUUUUUUUCAAAUCUUAUCAUAUAUAAAAUUCUGAAAAUACAUAAUUUUAUUUUAUCGCAAUAAGUGUUGUGUAAAAUUACAAUUCUGACUGACCUUUCCAAAAUGGGACAAAAUAAGAUGUUUCAAGAGCAAAUACAAGCUCCAAAACUAAUGGAAGGUGGUAACUAUAUAAAAGAAGGAAGAGAUUCAGCAAAAAGUACGUGCCUCAUUUUUUCGCCAAAAGAAGAAGACGAGGUGGGAGCUUUAGGAAGAUAUCUUCAGCUUUUCACUAAAUAUGAAGUAAACUUACUUCAUAUUGAAUCGAGAAGUUCACUUCGUCAGCUCGAUGGCUAUGAAUUUAUGGUUGAAUGUGCUCCAGGUGGUGAUUUUGGAGGUGUUGUUGAAGAAUUACAAAAACAAUGUGACUAUUUUUCAAUUAUUUCAAGGAAUCAUAGGGAUAAUAUGGGAACAGUGCCUUGGUUUCCCAGGAGAUUUAGAGACCUCGAUAAGUUUGCUAAUCAGAUUUUAACUUAUGGCUCUGAACUUGAUAGUGAUCAUCCAGGAUUUACGGAUCCUGUUUACAGAAAGAGGAGAAAAUACUUUGCUGAUAUUGCUUAUCAUUAUAGAACGGGUCAACAAAUUCCGAGGGUUGAAUAUACGCCUGAGGAAAUUGCAACAUGGGGCACUGUAUUCAGGAAAUUGACAGAGCUUUACCCUAAGUAUGCCUGUCGAGAGCACAAUCAUGUUUUCCCUCUUCUUAUCGAAAAUUGCGGCUACAGAGAGGAUAAUAUCCCACAGUUAGAGGACAUUUCUAACUUCCUAAAAGAUUGCACGGGAUUUACGUUAAGACCAGUUGCCGGUUUGUUGGCUUCUCGUGAUUUCUUAGCGGGAUUAGCAUUUAGGGUGUUCCACAGUACACAAUAUAUAAGACAUGGUAGUAAACCACUCUACACACCGGAACCAGAUAUUUGUCAUGAAGUUUUGGGUCACGUGCCACUAUUUGCCGAUCCGGCUUUUGCCCAAUUCGCUCAAGUUAUAGGGUUGGCUUCACUUGGUGCUCCGGAUGAAUAUAUUGAGAAAUUGGCAACUUGUUUUUGGUUCACUGUUGAAUUUGGUAUUUGUCGACAAAAUGGAGAAUUGAAAGCCUAUGGUGCUGGUUUAUUAUCGUCUUUUGGCGAAUUGGAAUAUUCAUUGAGUGGAAAACCUGAAUUGAGACCAUUUGAACCGGUAAAAACAGCAAUACAAUCAUAUCCAAUCACUGAAUAUCAGCCAAUUUAUUUUGUAGCUGAAGAUUUUGAGGACGCAAAGGAAAAAAUGAUAAAAUUCUCACAAUCUAUACCACGAAAGUUUGGUGUUCGAUAUGAUCCCUAUACUCAGAGCAUUAGCAUAAUUGAUAGCAAACAUCAAGUGGAAGAUUUGGUCCACAAUGUUGAUCAGGAAGUGCAAAUUUUGUUGGAUGCGCUUAGAAAAUUGAAGAAUUGAUUCAAUGAAAUUUUUCACUUCUAAUUAUUAUAUAUAUAUAUUAAAAAAAAAAAAACUAUUAAACAUACUCAAAAUAUUUUUAUUUAGAUUACUUUAAGUCUGUUAUAAAAUUUGUUACUGUUUUUUUUUCCAAUAAAACAAUGUUUAAAUAAAAAAAAAAAAAACUAUUA